AUGGCGAGAAAGUGGAACGGGAGUAUGGUGGCCCGAGCCUUGGUCCUGGCCACUCUGUGGCUGGUCGUGUCUGGGCGUCCCCUAGUCCAGCAAUCGCAGUCUGUGUCAGAUGAAGAUCCGCUCUAUCUCUACGGCUGGGGCAAGGUUACCCGCCUGCAAUACCUGUACUCCGCUGGUCCCUACGUCUCCAACUGCUUCCUACGCAUCCGGAGCGACGGCUCAGUGGACUGCGAGGAGGACCAGAGCGAACGAAAUUUGUUGGAGUUCCGCGCGGUCGCUCUGAAGACGAUCGCCAUCAAGGACGUCAGCAGCGUGCGGUACCUCUGCAUGAGCGCGGACGGCAAGAUCUACGGGCUGAUUCGAUACUCGGAGGAAGACUGUACCUUCAGGGAGGAGAUGGACUGUUUGGGCUACAACCAGUACAGAUCUAUGAAGCACCACCUCCAUAUUAUCUUCAUCAAUGCCAAGCCCAGAGAACAGCUCCAGGACCAGAAACCCUCUAACUUUAUCCCUGUGUUUCACCGGUCCUUCUUUGAAACCGGGGACCAGCUGAAGUCUAAAAUGUUCCCUCUGCCCCUGGAGAGUGACAGCAUGGAUCCGUUCCGGAUGGUGGAAGAUGUAGACCACCUAGUGAAGAGUCCCAGCUUCCAGAAAUGA